AUGAGUUCCUCCAAACCCGGCAGCAACCUGCCUCAGCAGGGACCUGGGUCCGGCUCGGGUAAUGGCGGCAAAGACUUACUCUCAGGACAUGAGAGCUCCAAGGUGUCAUCUACCAUGCUGUCGCCUGGCUCGCGGAACACCACGGAUGUGGACGCUCAGUCCGCGAAGCUGAUCCAGAUACUGACAGAUAUGACAAAGGAUGUGGUAUGUGACAGCGUGUCUUGCAUGUUUCUGCACAUACGAGGCGAAGAAGCCCCUGAUUUUACCGCGGUUUUCUGUUUUGCCUCAACCACCAUGGUCUUGUCCCUAGCGACACUCAUCAUGAAGGGACUCUGUCUUCUCAAGCAUGGGCCCAGUGGCUGCAGUCUCAUGGACUUCGGCAUGGCUCUUAAUGAACCAUGGUUGGCUGGGCACCUCCAGCCCUGGGGUUGA